AUGUGAACGAAUGACUAAAGACUGUCUUCAAAGCUUCAUUUGUUCUCCUCUUAACGCUCGUUAUCUUUCCCCCGUCAGACGGAACUGCAUCCUGGCCGACGAGAUGGGCCUGGGAAAGACCAUCCAGUCCAUCACAUUCCUGGAGGAGAUCUGCCGUGUGGGCAUUAAAGGGCCAUUCCUCAUCAUCGCUCCGCUCUCCACCAUCGCUAACUGGGAGCGCGAGUUUCGUACUUGGACCUAUCUCAACGUCAUCGUUUACCACGGGAGCAUGGUCAGCAGGCAGAUGCUGCAGCAGUACGAGAUGUAUUCCAGGGACGCUCAGGGCCGUGUGAUGCGAGGGGCCUACAAGUUCCAGGCGGUGAUCACCACGUUCGAGAUGAUCCUGGGAGGCUGUCCCAUUCUCAACGCCAUCGACUGGCGCUGUGUUAUCAUCGACGAAGCCCACCGCCUCAAGAACAAGAACUGCAAGCUGCUAGAGGGCUUCAAGCUCAUGAACCUGGAGCACAAAGCCCUGCUGACCGGUACUCCUCUCCAGAACACUGUGGAAGAACUUUUCAGCCUGCUCCACUUCCUGGAGCCGGCACGCUUCCCCUCAGAAGUCCCUUUCAUGCAGGAGUUUGGAGACCUGAAGACUGAAGAGCAGGUCCAGAAGCUGCAGGCCAUCCUGAAGCCCAUGAUGCUGCGCCGGCUGAAGGAGGACGUGGAGAAGAAGCUGGCUCCUAAAGAGGAAACCAUCAUCGAGGUGGAGCUCACCAACAUUCAGAAGAAAUACUACCGCGCUAUCCUCGAGAAGAACUUCACCUUCCUGGCUAAAGGAGCCGGCCAGGCCAAUAUGCCCAACCUGGUGAACACCAUGAUGGAGCUGAGGAAGUGCUGCAACCACCCCUACCUCAUCAAAGGGGCAGAAGAGAAGAUCAUGGAGGACUUCAGGGAGGUGUACAGCCCCAAUGCCUUCGACUUCCACCUGCAGGCGAUGGUACAGUCUGCCGGGAAGCUGGUCCUCAUCGACAAACUGCUGCCCAAGAUGAAGGCCGGGGGCCACAGGGUGCUCAUCUUCUCUCAGAUGGUGCGCUGCCUGGACAUCUUGGAAGACUACCUCAUUCAGAGAAGGUACUUGUACAAGCGCAUAUUCUGGUAG